AUGCACACAUUUAACAAUAUUCUUAAGAAAAGCGCAAAUGUUAAGGGAGGAAACAGCCGCUUUUUUAUAAGACCUAAGUUCAAGGCAUACCAUAACGCGUCGCACAGAUAUAAAGAUGAAGAUGCUACCACGUACGACAGAGAAGUUAAGAUAAAGCAGAUGAAUUCGUCUGUCUUGUGUAUUUUCUCUAAUAUGCUGUUAAAGGAAAAUAUUAAAAAUGACUUCAUUUGGAAAAAAAUCGAAAGGAGGUCCUACGAAAUAAUGGAUAAAUUUGAAGUCGGGGACAUCGCAUCCUUCUUAUUUUGCUUGAGCAAAAUGAGAUACGAAACAAACUUAUAUGAAAGUUUCAUUCCAAUCAUAAAAAAAAAGAGUGAAUAUUUUAACACGUCGAAUUUAGCUAUGCUAAUAUCGACGUACUCGAAAAGGAAGAAAGAAGACUUAAUCAUACUGUUAAAGGAGGAAUUAAAAAAAAAAGUGCAUACCAUUCAUAAUGUCGUGGAGAUUUGUAUGAUUUUAAAUGCCCUAGUUAAAAGUAAAAUAUAUGAUGAACAUUUAUUUGUCAAACUGAGUAAUAUCAUUUCUGAAAAUGUAAUUCGCAAUCAUGUGAACGUGAGAGACAUUUGUGUAAUUGCCUACUGCUACGCGUGCAUAUUGUACAAGAAUAUGAAUUUUUUCAAAAUUUUAGCGCAAAAAAUUGUGGUCCUCAUGGAUGACAUAAAUUUAGUGGACUUGUGCAGAAUAUUAUACGCAUACAUGAGGGUAGAUCAAAAUUUUUAUCACAUAUUAAAGCUAUCUGCACUUAAGUUAGACAACGUUAUGGACAACAGCAACAUCAGUGAUGUUAUUAACUGUGUUCAUUUUUUACCAAUAUUGAAAGAAGUGGUUGAAGCACGCAAUGACGCUACGUCGAAGAGGAUUGAUCCCCAUAUAGACAGAUCUCUCAACUACAGGAUCGAUUAUGUACAUUUUCUCAAUUACAUAAUAAACGUCUUCAAUGAGAAAUUGCUUAGCUACUUGAAUUUGCUAAGUGCGAACCAGGUAAGUAAUUUGUUUUACAUUUACUCCAGGUAUAACAUCCUUAUAAGUUUAUCCAAAAUGGACAUUUUUAUUUCACACAUAAGAAAGAUGAAACUAACGAACGAGUUAAAAAUUUAUAUUUUGUAUUCGUUGGCAAUACUAUUAAAAAAUUAUGAAAGCAACAACAGUGGUUUGUACAGUUGUGACCUGCUGGAUAUAAACAAAAUUUUUGUUAAGCAGAAUCGAGAACAUUUGGUCGAUCAAAUUCACAGGAAAGACAACAUCAAAUGUUUAAAUAAGCAUGAUUACGACGUAAUGAAGAAUAACCUUAUGUGCUGCUUGAAGCAGUGGGAAGACGACAUGAACCUAUUUGUAAAUAACUACGACAUCUGUUCCAUUCAAGACAUUAUAAAAGUCUUAAGCAUUUUUUUAAUCCUGAAUCAUACGCCAAGCUCACUUAUUUCCAACAUCAAAACGUACGUUAUAAUGAACUACAGAAAUGUGAAUGAACACAAUGCGUACACCCUGAUGUUUUAUUUUCAAAAAUUAAAUGUGAUAAAUGAUGAUGAGGACUUUGCACAAAUUUUGAAAUGUAAAAUUAAAUCCCUAAAAUGA